GAGGCCUCGCGCCAUUAUAGGCGCGUGCGCGUCUCUCGGUUCUGUGAAUUGUGAGAGAUUGCCUCCGCUUCCGUUGCUAUUUUAUCGUCUUCAAUUUUCUUCCCCCCCUUGGAGAGAUAAGGCCGUGGCAUCAUUGCCGCCAUCACCAAUCCCAUCAUCACCUCUCCUCAUCCAGAGGCAGAGGAGGCAUUUUCUGUUCGUCUUCUUGACCCUUCUUCUGCUUCCUUUAUAAGGAUCGGCAGAUUGCAAUGUCGUCGCCGGACAAGGUGGUGGCCAGGACGGGCCGCCUCAGGCAGCGCUACGACAACGAGUACCGCCUCGUCGCAGGCUGCGUGCCGUACCGGGUGAAGAAAGACGAGGCCAACCCUCGCAUCCUCGGCGACGUUCCGGGCCAGGUGGAGGUGCUCAUGGUCUCCACCCCCAACCGCGCCGACAUGGUCUUCCCCAAGGGUGGAUGGGAGGACGACGAGGAGGUGUACGAGGCGGCGUCCCGCGAGGCCAUGGAGGAGGCCGGCGUCAAGGGCAUCGUCAAUAGGACUACCUUGGGACACUGGGUGUUCAAGAGCAAGAGCAGCCAGAACAGCAGCAGCCCAAGGGGAGCUUGCAAGGGCUACAUCUUCGCCAUGGAGGUCACUGAGGAGCUCGAGUCGUGGCCGGAGCAGGCGACCCAUGGCCGUCGAUGGGUCUCCCCCGGUGAAGCCUACCAGCUCUGCCGGUACGAAUGGAUGCGCGAGGCGCUCACCGCUCUGCUGGAGCGGUUGUCGAUGAUCGAGCCGGUGCCGUCUGCGCAGGAACUGUCUGAUCAAACUAGCAUGUACAUGAUGCUGCAGGCAUCAUCUGAUAGCGCGGUCGCGCUGUGCUGAUUGAUGAUGAUGAUGAUGCUGAUGCUGUGGAUAAAACUGAUGAACGCAGAGGCGUGCAACUAGUAUAGCUGUCAAUCCCCUUCAACCGCAAACAUGGCUACCAGAAAAUUCAGAAUCUCUAAUCACUUCUUUAGAAUCUUUCUUUUUUUUUUCUUGAGCAGCUAGUGAUGAGUCUGUAAUACCUGCAGUUGUUGCCCUGCUUGAACAACUGCACAUUGUCUAAGAAAGAUUCUAUGACCUGAACCCCUCAGCUCCAGGCACUUCCAUCCACAACUUUGGUAUUGGUUGGCUUCGGAGGUUAAGGCAAAAAACUGUUUCAUAGGUGACUGAAACUUUAACCUCUGUGGAUGCAUAUUGCAGUGUCCAUUUGCAUGAUCAAUCCAAUGUCUGCUGAUGACUGGGGUCUCCUGUGUAAUUCUUCUGUGUAAUAUUCAAAAAUUAGUAAGGUAUAUAACAUGUUUGCAUGUGUUCAUGUGUUGUAUAUGCCUUCAAUAUCCUUAGAUGGACUUUCUGUAUAGAUGAAAUGUUCUGAACAAUAACAAAUUUUAUAUAUAAUGGAGAUGAUUUA